UGAGAGGGUGACUGAUCUUUUGUUGAAGUCAGACAGACAAUUGGUAAACAUUUUUGUAGAGGAGGAGUGGUGUGUGUGUGUGUGUGCAUUUGGGAAAGAGAGAGCAUACUUGCAUCCUAAUCUAACACCAGCUGACAGGCUGCUCUGCAGUCACUGAUAUCAUGGGAAUUGCCUUUUUAGGAGACACCUGAUCGCAGCCUAACUCACAAAGAGCUUAUAAAAAGCAGCGGGUAUGCGGCGUGGGGAUUGGAGGAGAGAGGAGCAUUAGUGGAGAAUGUGAGAGGGCUGUAUGGAGAGACAAAAAAGCGAAAGGCAUUGUAAAGAACGUGUGUACUUCAGAGCGUAUUUCGUUGUUUUAAGUGCCUCUGCUUACUUGAAAUAUUAGAUAUCAUAUAGGACAACUAAUCAGAGUGGGCUAACAGAAGACUGUGGACCUUUCUCAGACUAGUGCGCGAGGUCACUGCCAACCCAGGAGCUGUGAGGCUGUUUGGGGCUGGAGAUGGACCCCUUCUUAGAGAGGUUCAGGGCUGGGAUGGCGCUAGGUGGAGCAGGAGACGCUCUAGGAUACUGGAAAGGACGCUGGGAAGGCUGCUCAUCUGGAGCAAAGGUUCAGGACGAGCUUGUGGUCAUCGGGGGUCUGGUGGCCCUGAAACUGGACCCUGAAAACUGGCCUCUUAGUGAUGGAGCCCUGAUGCUCAUUACCACUGCGGAGGCACUCGUCACAGAUUAUUGGUGCCUAGAGGACCUGUACCGUGAGCUGGUGAAGCAGUAUGUGGAGGCCAUGGUGUUGCUGCAGGGGCGGCCCCCAGACCCAAGCACCGUAGAGGGUUGUGUCAAUCUGAAACCUGACAACUUCCUCCUGGCCUGGCACACCCCCUUCAAUGACAAAGGCUCUGGUUCGGGUGCUGCCACGAAGGCCAUAUGCGUGGGUAUGCGGUACUGGCAGCCAGAAAGACUGGACAGCCUGGUUGAAGUGAGCAUAGAGACCGGUCGGAUGACCCACAACCAUCCCAUAGGCUUCCUGGGUGCUCUGUGUACAGCACUGUUUGCCUCCUACGCUCUACAGGGUAAGCCAGUGGCCAGCUGGGGUCGUGACCUUCUGAAGGUCAUUCCUAAAGCUGAGGAAUACUGCAGAAAAACCAUUCGUCACAUGGCAGAGUACCUGGAGAAAUGGUUUUACUUUGAGGCCAAGUGGCAGUUCUACCUGGAGGAAAGAGGGAUUACAGAAGAAGGACAAGAGAAGCCCAUCUUUCCUAAAGAAUAUGAUGCCAGCGAGACAGACAAGGUGUAUAAACACUGGAGCUCCGAAGGACGCCCAGGGAGGCGAGGGCAUGAUGCUCCCAUGAUCGCCUAUGAUGCUCUCCUGGCUGCAGGCUCUGACUGGACGGAGCUCUGCAAAAGAGCGAUGUUCCAUGGAGGAGAGGGCAGCGCAACUGGUCUAAUAGCAGGCUGUCUACAUGGGCUUUUGUAUGGACUGUCAAAAGUACCUGCUGGACUGUACCAGACACUGGACAAACGUGAGCAGCUGGAAGAACUAGGACAGAAGCUCUUCCAUGCAGCCGCUAAAGAGAAGUACACAGAGAAGUAGUGUUCUCUCCUCACAGCCACUGGAAGUACACAGAGAAGUAGUCUUCUCUUCUCACAGCCACUGGAAGUACACAGAGAAGUAGUGUUCUCUUCUCACAGCCACUGGAAGUACACAGAGAAGUAGUGCUCUCUCCUCACAGCCACUGGAAGUACACAGUACAGUGUUCCCUCACAUCUCCCACCUUGCACUCUAUUCUACGUUGCUCAAUCCCAUAAUCCCAUUUGUUUUGCUAGAUUUCUGUUUGCUUAGUUGUUCAGCACUCACUCCUGCCCUUUAAGAGACACCUUUCUGGUCAGUAUUGAGUUGUUCAGCACUCACUCCUGCCCUUUAAGAGACACCUUUCUGGUCAGUAUUGAGUUGUUCAGCACUCACUCCUGCCCUUUAAGAAACACCUUUCUGGUCAGUAUUGAGUUGUUAAGCACUCACUCCUGCCCUUUAAGAGACACCUUUAUGAUCAGUAUGGUACGUUGGGAGGCAGACAAAAUACUCAAACCUGCUUAGGUUUUAUUUUUCCUUUGAGAAGUUGGUUGUUGGUUGUUGAAUUUACACAUGGAGAUUCCACACAGUUACACCAUACUCUAGCAGAAGGGGCAGAACAGCAAAUACUGUAGGUAAAAGAAUGGGCCUAAUAGUUAACAAUAGAGAUAUUAGUAAAAAAAAUGGGCAUAAUAGGUAACAAUAGAGAUAGUAGUAAAGUAUAGGUUUUUGUGGCUGUUGAAAUGAACGGUCUUUACUGGCCUGUCUUGUUACAACCAUCUUUGAGUGUCUACUAAAUAUGUAACUGAUAUAUUUUCAUUAAAUUGUCCUCACAUCACCAGGAUGUCUUGAGAGUUAGGGGAUGAUUGAAUGCAUUAUUAUGUAUCAUCUUAACAAAAUACAAAAUCUCAAAGUAUUUACUUUGAUUCAUCAUUGGGUCAUGUAAGGAAUGCUGCAAAGUUUAGGCUGAAAAAAAAAAUCCACAUUUUGAAAAUCUGUUUGUUAUCCUCACAAGGAUACUUUUAUGAGUCUGUCCAAUGAUAAUGUUUUCACUACAGUGCUCACAUGCACUGAUCGUUUGAAACUUUGACUUCAGAGAUAAGUGAUGUGACAUUGCAUAAACACUUGUUCUUCAUAAUGUGGCUCACUUUUUAUGGUCUUGAUCACUUCAAUGUGUCUCCAUGUAGAUUAUAUACAGCUAACCUAAGGAAAUAUGUAAACCAUAUUUUGAACAUUUUCCCCCAUCAUGUUAAAUUAGUAAUGGUGGAACUGUUGUCUGUCAUGGUUGGGUAGGAUUGAUAUGGCCUGGCUCUUUGGGUAGGGGCAUGCUGGUGUGUGUACAGAGGUGCAAGAUUUCUGAAAGUGUGCAGCAAGACCACAUUACAGAGACUUAAGCAACAUUUACAUUUAAAUGUAUUCAUUUAGCAGAUGCUUUUAUCCAAAUUGAUAUAAUUGUACAAAUUGUAAUACAGUGGGAGAUAUACAUUUAUAUCAGGAUGGGUACCUCCAGUGGACAUCAUGUUACCUGUGGUUGCUUUUUGUGUGGGCUAGAUACACAACUAGCCAGCAAGAUCAAGGUACAGUCCGUGAUUCGAAUCCAAUACACUUUUUGUCAUAUUCAGUUCAUUGCUGCUCACAGUCCUCUAGCUGUCAGUUCUGUGUGUGCACCUCAAAAACACUCAGGUGUUUUACAUAGUCGAUGGUAACAGGGGAUAUAAACAGAGCAUUCAGACGAGGCAAAACGUCAGUUAUGCCAUUUCCCUAAAUGUGAUUGGCUUGUUAUAAUACAGGGCAGGACUUCCAGUAACAAAACCACUAAUUCAUUUCCCGUCAGUGAUUUGUCUCCUCCCUUACAACGUGUCUGGCUUAUACGAAAGCCAGGGUUGGCAAUUGUCUAGAGAAAGAAGAGACUUCUGUGUGGAGUCUGCAUGUGGCCGGUAAAAGAUAUCAGGAAGCAUUGGGCUUAGUAAGCUGCUUUGGAUGCUACAUGACUAAAUGUAAAUGUAAUACAUGCUCUGCUCAUUUUAACAGCAGAUCGAUGGGAGAGCUUUUUUCUGGGUGUGUGUGUCAUGCUUUUUCUCCACUUCUAUUAGGUAUGACUGCUUAUAAACAUACACCUAUACCAGUUCUUAAACAUUGUUCUUCAAAGUUUAUAAUGAGUGUUUGAAGUUUGGUGUAAUUGUUUGAGUUUUCAAAAUUUAAAUUGGUUGAAGAGUCUUUAAAGACUGACCCAUGCAUUGAAGAUACCAUCUAAAAACUGCUUCACUCUUUGGUGGGACAAGAACAAGAAGAUUCAAUAGGAUGUCCACGGCUGUCCAAAGAGAGAGAGAGAGGUGAGAUGGCAGGGAAUAGGAGCAGUAAGAGUUUUCAUAUUACCAGGAAGUAGUAGGAGUAAUAUCUUUACUAAUACUAUAUGGAACGUUGGCAAGAGGAGGAAGAUGUGCAGUGUUGUUUUGACUGAGAUCUGAGUUGUUGUUUUGACUGAGAUCUGAGUUGUUGUUUUGACUGAGAUCUGAGUUGUUGUUUUGACUGAGACCUGAGUUGUUGUUUUGACUGAGAUCUGAGUUGUUGUUUUGACUGAGAUCUGAGUUGUUGUUUUGACUGAGAUCUGAGUUGAUAUUUUGACUGAGAUCUGAGUUGUUGUUUUGACUGAGAUCUGAGUUGAUAUUUUGACUGAGAUCUGAGUUGAUAUUUUGACUGAGAUCUGAGUUGUUGUUUUGACUGAGAUGUGCAGUGUUGUUUUGACUGAGAUCUGAGUUGUUGUUUUGACUGAGAUCUGAGUUGAUAUUUUGACUGAGAUCUCUAAUACCCACAGAGUUCUCCUCCCUGGUUGCAUUUACUCCUGCUCCAAGCAUAUUCUCAUGUAUCAUGGCAGGGAUAGACAUUCAAGUCACUACAUCUCUCCUGGAGAACCUCAUAGCUCCUUGCUUAAAUCCCACUUCUUUCUGACCCCACCACUUUGGAUAAAUGCAUCUGCUAAAUAAACAACCACAAUUGAAAGUUAUCUAACACCACAAAAGUAAUAAGUAAAAAGUUCUAAUAUGUUCUUAUAUAUACAGCUAGUUAGAUUAGCAUAGUUAAAUUGGUCUGAAAUAGUUUACAUUGGCCCAUUGCAGUGCAGAUUUAUUUGUUUAUAUUACAGGUAUAACUUUUCAAGUAUGCUCGAUGCUUGUGCCUGGCAGGAUCAAAAGUUAUGCGUUACAAAAGUGUUCUACAGCAUGUGAUUGAUUGAUUUACUUUAGUUAAUAAAAAACAUUCAUAUGCUUCUA